AUGGAAAUAGAUAAUCAUAAAAACGUGACUUACGGGCAGUGUCGCUUCUGUUUAGCUCGAGGUCAUCACCGAGAUUUGAUGAUAGAAUACUUCUUCAAUGGCAUAAGGGAAGUGUACAGUGAAAUAUUCUCCGAAACUUUUAAUUUCUUACUCUCAAACAGCACACAAUUGACAAAUCUAAUAUGUUCAACAUGUAUACACCGAUUGCGCGAUGCAACCAGCUUCCGCAUGAUGGCAAUGAGCACCGAGCGGCAGCUACUUGAAGCAAUAAACACAGGGAAUGGGAAAAAUACUGAAUUUGUCGAUGUCCUGAGUGAGGAUGCUUUGGACAGCCGAGGGAAUGUGAAGACAGAAUCGCAACAGGCAAUAAGGGAGGAAACUGCAGAGUGUCGCUCUGCACUUGAAAUUGCAGACAAUGGUCUGGAUAUUAGUGAUUACUUGUCGGACAAUGAGUGCGAGAACAGUUUUGACAGUUUUGUGGAUGGUGAGGCAGAACUGCUGGCAAGGUUCAAGGAUCUGCAGCCGCUUCCAACCAAGGCCUCCUUGGUCAGUUUGUGCCCCGAGUUCUGCAAGCAACUUCUGGCUUUUAAAGAUUCAAAAGUACUACCACAGACAAUAUCCAAACUAGUAAAAGAUUACGAGCUCAUCCAAGAGUCCAGAAUUGUUCGCCGCCAAUACGUAACAGAAAAACUGGCACACAUUGUGAACGCAACUACUGUUCUAGAAUGUUCCAACGUCACUCCAUUCAGAAGCAAGAGCCGGCAAGGGUUCCCCUGCUUCUACUGCAGACAUCUCUUCGAAAGUCUCGAGAGACUUAAAGAACACACCGCUAAACACAAAACACAUGAAAUACUUAAAGUUCUGAGAACUUAUGGAGCUGAAUCCUUAGUGGUAUAUGUAGAUAUAACAAAUUUGAAAUGUAAAAUAUGUAACAAGGAUAUGCCAAAUCUGAACGAAUUAAAACAUCAUUUAAUUAAUGUACACAAAAAGAAAAUGCAUUUAGAUUUCACGGACAGAAUUAUUCCGUACAAAUUAUGCGAUAGCGGUAUCUAUGAAUGUCAAAUGUGUGGGUUUAGUUACGAGACUUUUGGCGCAAUAGAACGUCAUAUGAACGUACAUUUUAGAAACUACGUAUGUAAAGAUUGUGGUACAGGUUUUGUCACGAGGUACAGACUCAAAGUACACGUGAAAAGUAUGCAUAUAGAUGGGACACAUCCUUGUGAGGUUUGCGGUAAAAUAUUCUCGACACCUCAAAAGCAUAAAAAUCAUGUCAACACAGUUCAUAAGUUGAUGAAACGGUUCAAAUGUACCAAAUGUCCUGAACGUUUUGGCGAAUACUUUAGAAGGCAGAAGCAUAUGGUACAAGUACACGGAUUGGCACCGCUGAGGUACAAAUGUAACGUUUGUGAGAAGAGUUUUGACAGACGGUAUACUUUAUCGAGGCAUAUGAAACGGGAUCAUUUGGAAGAGCGCGAUUAUCAAUGUGAAUUAUGUUCUUAUAAAUGUUUUACGAAGAAUGAAUUAAGAGUGCAUAUGGUGAAACACAAUGGGGAGCGUAUUUACGAAUGUUCGGUGUGUAAGAAAGCAUAUGCUAGGAAGAAAACGUUGAAAGAACAUAUGCGAAUACAUAAUAAUGAUAGGAGAUUCGCUUGUGCGGUGUGCGGACAGGCGUUUGUGCAGAAGUGCAGUCUUAAAGGCCAUUUGAAGACUCAUCAUCUUGAAUAUAGUAUGUAA